AUGGCCGAUGAAAGUACUGUGGGAAGCCCUAUCGUGGCGGAUGCGUUUCUGGAGGCUCUGGCGGAAGCCGGUGUCGACUACCUCUUCACCGUACUUGGCUCCGAUCACCCUAGUAUCAUUGAAGCCUAUAUCCGCCGCCAAAAUGACCCCACUCGUCAGUAUCCCAAGAUGAUCCUGUUCCAACACGAGUUCGUAGCCAUGUCAGCUGCAGAUGGCUACGCUAGGAUCAGUCACAAACCGGCAUGUGUGAUCGCCCACGUGGACGUGGGGACCGCUGCCCUGGGCCAGGGUCUGCACAAUGCAUCUAGCGGACGUGCCCCUGUCGUAGUCUUCGCCGGUGUCGCCCCAUCCACGCUGUUGGGUGAGGCUCCAGGUUCUCGCUCGGAACAUGUCCAGUGGUACCAGGAUAUUCGCGAUCAGGCGGCCCUCGUGGCACCCUAUAGCCGCUUUAGCGCGGAGAUCAAGUCCCCGCAUAAUGUUGGGAGUCUGGUGCAUCGCGCUGUCCUGAUGGCCACGACCGGCUCCCCAGGUCCAGUGUAUCUCACUGCAACGCGGGAGAUCCUAGCUACCCCCAUCCCCUCAGUGGAGCCCCGGCCAAAGCCCGUCCCAUCCUGUCACUUGGGAUCCCUCUCUCCCGAAGCAGUGGAGAUGAUCGGUAACGCACUGUUGGAGGCAAAAGCCCCUCUCGUGAUCACAGGGUAUCUAGGCCGAAGCCACCGCGCAGUCCAACAACUCAUUACCCUGGCGGACACAGUCCAAGGCCUCCGAGUCUUCGACUCCGAGCUCCGGGAGGUCUGCUUCCCGGCAACCCACCCAGCCUGCCUAACCCGCAGCACAGGCGCCGCACCAGCCAUCCAAUCCGCCGACGUAAUUCUCGUCCUAGACGCCGACGUCCCUUGGAUCCCACGGCGAGUGCACCCCUCCCCAAGCGCAGAAAUCUACCACAUCGACCUGGACCCGCGCAAAGAACGCAUGAACAUGUUCGACAUUGGCGCCUCCGCCACCUUCCACGCCGACACAACAUCAGCCCUAACUCAACUAAACGCGUACAUAACCAGCUCCCCACGGCUCCCAGCCCUCCAAGAAGCCUGGACCUCCCGAGCCCAAGAUCUCCUAACUGCCCACAAGGAAGGGAAAGCCCGCAUCGACUCCCGCGCCACAGCACCCCUCUCAACUCCUAAUGAGCCCUGCACGGUCGACUACCUAUGUAGCCGCAUCCGCGCCUCCGUCCCACAGGACACAAUCUACAUCACAGACUCAGUCACCAACCAAGUUCCCAUGACGGAACAGCUCCAACUCACCCGUCCCGGAUCCCACCUUACAAAAGGAGGCAGCGGACUGGGCUGGUCCGGCGGCGCAGCCAUCGGCGCUUCACUCGCAACAGCCCGGUACGAUAUCUCCGAUCGACCUAAUCUCCACCUGAACGAAACCACCAAAACACCUUUCAUCUGUAACAUCAUCGGCGACGGGAGUUUCGUUUUCUCCGUGCCUACGGCAGUUUACUGGGCUGCGCAUCGGUAUCAGACGCCUUUCUUGACUGUUAUCUUGAAUAACGGGGGUUGGAAUGCUACGAGGCAGUGUUUGGCCGAUGUGCAUCCUAGCGGUGUGGCUGCCGGAUUGUCGAAUAGGGAUCUUGGGAUCUCGCUGGUGGAGGAUGGGCCGGAUUAUGGGGAGGUGGCGAAGGCUGCUGCUAAUGGUAAUUUGUGGACGAAGAGGGUGCGUAGUGUGGGAGAGUUGGAUGUGGUGUUGAGGGAGGGGAUUAGGGUUGUGGUUGAAGAGCGGAAGUCAGUUGUCUUGGAUAUCGUUAUUAGGUAG